AUGAUCACCUUUGUUGAAAAUAAAAAUAGUAGUGUUGAUAAUAUAAAUACAAAUAAUAAUAAUAGUAGUAGUAAUAAUAAUAAUAACAACAAUAAUAAUAAUAGUCGCUCUUUAUUCAGGAAUUUAAUAAUAUUGUUGUUUCUCUUAACAUUUUUAAAUUUAAUUUUAUUAAAAAAAAUAGAUUUAAAUUAUAAAGAUAGUGAUAUAUUCUAUAGUAAUAAUAAUAAUAAUAAUAAUAAAGGGACCACCCAAAAAUUUAAUAUAGAUAGUUUAGGUAUUAAAUUAACAAAUUUAGAUAAUUUACAUAAUACAGCAAAUAGUAUUGUAAUUAAUAAAAUGGAUAAAACAACUCAAACCACCACAUCACAAUCAUUAAACGAUAAUGAUAAUAUUAAUAAAAAUGUAAUGAAUAAGCGUGUUUAUUGGCCAAAUGUAUAUCAAAGAAUUAGUAACAACAACAACAACAACAAUAAUAAUAAUAAUAAUUAUAAUAAUGAUGAAAAUGAUGAUAAUAGUAAUAAUAAUAACUAUGUUGAAAAAAUUGAAUGGAAUAAAUGUAUAUUAUCAUUGAUGGGUAUUGAUUCAAUUAAUAAAUCAAUUGGAUACUCAUUUAUAGAAUUAGAUAUUGAAGAUGGUAAAUUAAUUUUAACUUCUGAUACUAAUCAAGAUGAACCACGUGUAAAUAGUGGUGGAGAUGAACCAACAACAACAACAACAACCUCAUCAUCAUCAUCAUCAUCAGAUUUCUUUACUUCAUCAAUUAAUAGAAAAAGAGUUAUAAUGGCACAUGCAAAAAGUUGUCCAUUUCAUGAAUUAGAAUUAUCAAAUUCAAUAAUACAUAAAGAUUUACAAAUUGAAAAAUUCUAUCCACCUGUUAAAGUUGGUGUAUCAGUAUUGGUUGAAGAUAGUUAUAAUAGGAUAUUGUUAACUAAAAGAUCAGAAUCCUUAAGAAUAUUUCCAGGUAUUUGGGUACUACCUGGUGGUCAUAUGGAAAUUGGUGAAAAUUUCAUACAGACAGGUUUACGUGAACUAAAUGAAGAAACUGGUAUUACCAUUGACAUGAUUGAUACAAAAACUUUACAAGUUAUUGGUAUAUUUGAAAGUUCAUAUCCAAAUUUAUUACCAGUUGAUAAAUUACCAAUUGAUCAUCACAUAGUUGUAUUUAUAUAUGUUAAAUUAGCAUUACCAACAAAUAAUAAUAAUAAUAAUAAUAAUAAAGUAAUAAUAAAAUUACAAGAAUCAGAAGUUCAAUUAGCAGCAUGGACACCAAAAUCAUUAUUAUUAAAAUUAUUAGAAGGUACACAUCCAGAAUUUGAUCUAUAUCCAACAGAUACAUAUCAUCAUCAAUCUCAUAAAAAUACUUUAAAUUCUGCUUCUUUUGCACCAACUAAAGAUAUUGAAUUAAUUCUUCCAAUUGGUAAAGAGAAUGAUCCACACUAUCAAGAUUUAACAAAUGAUAAAAUUAAAGAUAUCUUUUUUAAAGGCACUGAUAAUAUUGCAACUGGUACAAUUUAUAUUUUAAAACAAUAUCUAAGAGAAGAAGAAGAAGAAGAAUUAUUAAAAAAUAAUAAAUAA